UUCUCUCUCUAAAAAAAUGUCGAUUUCUCCAGAAAACGAGCACCCUCAAAAGGUUGUGGGUUGGGCUGCAAGGGAUGCCUCUGGUGUUCUAUCUCCCUUCAACUUCUCUCGCAGGGCAAACGGAGAGGAAGAUGUAACAAUGAAGAUUGUGUACUGUGGGAUUUGCCAUUCUGAUCUUCACUUCAUUAGAAACGAUUGGGGAAACACUAUCUAUCCAAUCGUGCCAGGGCAUGAGAUAGCGGGGAUUGUAACAGAGGUCGGAAGCAAUGUGAAGGAGUUCAAGGUGGGUGACAAGGUCGGGGUUGGGUGCAUGGUUGGGGCAUGCCAUACUUGCGAGCCUUGCGAGAAAAGCCUUGAAAAUCAAUGCCCCAAAAUGAUUUUAACCUAUAACUCAAUCGACUAUGACAGCACUAUGACCUAUGGUGGCUAUUCAGACAAGUUAGUUGUUCACAAGCGCUAUGUUAUUCGCUUGCCUGAAAACCUACCGCUCGAUGCUGCUGCUCCUUUGCUAUGUGCAGGGAUCACUGUGUAUAGCCCCAUGAAAUAUUUUGGCCUCGCAGAGCCUGGUAAGCAUCUUGGGAUUGUAGGACUUGGUGGACUUGGUCAUGUUGCUGUAAAGUUUGCCAAGGCAUUUGGGGUCAAAAUUACAGUCAUUAGUUCAUCGCCUAGCAAGGAGAAAGAGGCCAUUGACAUGCUUGGUGCUGAUAAGUUUCUCGUGAGCCAUGAUCCAGAGCAAAUGCAGGCUGCUAUGGGUACCAUGGAUUAUAUCCUCGACACGGUUUCUGCUGAGCACCCAUUGGUACCAUUGCUCUCUUUACUCAAGACCAACGGAAAGCUGAUUAUGGUGGGGCUGCCUGAAAAGCCCUUGGAACUUCCCGCUUUCCCUUUAAUUCUUGGGAGGAAGGUUAUAGGAGGAAGCUUGAUCGGUGGGAUGAAAGAGACGCAAGAGAUGAUCGAUUUUGCCGGCAAACACAACAUCACUGCUGAUAUUGAGCUUAUAAAGAUAGACUAUGUGAACACUGCCAUGGAGAGGUUGGCAAAAGCUGAUGUGAGAUUUCGCUUUGUGAUAGAUGUGGCCAACUCCUUGUCAGCUUAA